GAGCCCCUUUUAUAGCUCUGCAACCCUAGCGGGCUAUCUUCUGCCACCUGACCUGCCAGCUGCCACUUGUCCCAGCUGUGCCCGUUCAUCAUGGAGAAGAUCCUUGUCCUUCUGCUCGUGGCCCUUGCAGUGGUCUAUGCAGUUCCUGACCCUAGGGGCAUCAUUAUCAAUCUGGAAGACGGCGAGCUCUGCCUGAACAGCGUCCAGUGCAAGAGCAAGUGCUGCCACCGGGACACCGGGCUGAGCCUGGCCCGCUGCGCGCCCAAGGCCAGCGAGAACAGCGAGUGCUCUGCCAAGACGCUUUAUGGGGUAUACUACAAGUGUCCCUGUGAGCGGGGCCUGACCUGUGAGGUGGACAAGACCAUCGUGGGCUCCAUCACCAAUACCAACUUCGGCAUCUGCCUCGAUGCUGGCGGCUCCAGGGAGUAAAACCCCUGAAGGAUGCUCCUCCCGACCACCUCUCCCUGGCUGUCCUCCCACGCCCCCUUGACCAGCACCUCCCUUUUCUGAUUGGAUUCUCAGCAAUUAAAGCUCUUCCUGCAACCUUC